AUGCAAGCCCUGAAGGUCACGCCAGAAAGACUGGAUCAAUUGCAGCGUAGCACAAGUCACGAUGACACCUUGCAGACACUGAAAACCACCAUUCUGACCGGAUGGCCAAUGCAGAAAGAUCAAGUACCAAUCAAGAUCCGGGAGUAUUGGUCUUACCGCGACGAGCUGUCAGUACACAAUGGUGUUCUUUUCAAAGGCUCGAGAGUAGUCAUCCCCCAGUUACUGAGACCUGAAGUGAAAUCCAAAAUUCAUUCCAGCCAUUUAGGAGUAGAGGCUUGCCUAUGCAAAGCUAGAGACACUGUAUUCUGGCCUGGUAUGAAUGCAGAAGUGAAGGACCAAAUCAAACAAUGUUCAAUUGGCAACGAAUUUCAAGCUAAGAAUCAGAAGCUCCCAAUGCAAAGCCAUGACCUUCCUGACCGCCCGUGGAGUCGAGUUGCUGCUGACCGGUUCACACUUCAUGGCAAGGAAUAUAUCGUGCUUGUUGACUUCUAUUAG